AUCUUCAGACCAUAUCUGGUUGUUCGAUUUGUCAGGCUAAUUAUCUUUCUUCUUGAGGGCACUGAUGCAUGGCCUCAGACUCCAUGCAGCAGCUUUCUUCUGGUGGGGGGUAACCGGAUUCCCAAGGCAACUGUUGCCACCGCAAAACACUCAGUGAAUGCACUGGCAUGUUGCGGUUUAAUCUUUAACUAGCACCGGUACAAAAAUUUUCAAGAUUUAUAUUUGGAUGUUGUGUUAUGAUUUACUAAUAAUAGAACUACACUGUUAAAUAGUGCAGGAUUUAACAUUUUGGGAAGUUUUAUUCCACAAAGACUGGACUUCUUUGGUGGGCAAUCAGAAGAACUUGGACUCCACAAUGAAACUACCAGCCAUCUCAUUAGCUUCCACACCAGUGUGUAUUCCUCAUGACACACCUGUCCAACAGAAUCGCUGCCUGGUGGUCACUCACAUGGAGUUUCCCAUUAUCACAGACUCUGCCAAGCUGUGGACGAGCAAUCAGAGUAUUCCAAGACUGAACCCUUUACAUCCCCCUUUGGUCCAUAAACGCACCGUAAGUCUGGAGACACCAGCAGUUCACCACCACAACCACCAGAGGACACUCAUCUUGCAAAGGAGAGAGCAUUACAGGUAUCAUCAAGCAUGGCGAAAACCUUUUUAUGGAACAAGCAGUGAGAGAGAAGAGUACAGGAAGGAGCUGCGAGAGCAGUUAAAGAGGCAGAUGGAGGACAAAUGCGCAGCACUGAAGCUGCAGCUGGCCAGUAAAGUGCAAGAAGCCAAGUACAUCCAAGAAGUGGACCACCUUGCCCUUUCAACAGACAGGGAGCAAAGGAUCCGGCACAUCAAGGCAAUGACAGCUUACAGAGAUGAGAACAAGAGGGUAUUGUCUCACACACACAUUACGUUUCCACUGUUAAUGCUUUUGUGUUUAUGCACCAUUCAGCGGUGUCCUGAAAAUGCUUCAACUUUCUGGCUGCUCUCAGGUUACAACAUAGGGAGUGUCUGAGGUUUUUCCUCAUGUCUGUGUGUGUGUGUGUGCAGCUAAUGGAGCAGAGAUGGAGGGACAGAGCUCUAACACGUUCCCAGGAGGCCUUGAAGGAGCGAGAGCUGCUGCGCCUCAACCCCAUUAACUGGAGUGGAACACUGAAAUAGGUUAACCCUCAAAACUUCAGACUCUGUAAAGCUGUAGACGCUGUAGCUAUUUGGCAUGCGUGAGUGUCAGUACAAAAUGGGAUGCAACAUACAGUACAUGGUACAUGUAAUUAGUGCUGCGAUAGCCAUUAGAGGAACUUCAGAGGGUAGAUAUUUCUUGCAUUUUCUAAUCUCAAGAGAACCUCUUCUGAAUAUGUAAGAAUGCUGAUUUAUUCCCAAUUUUACUUGUAAAUUUCUCUUUUCCACGGAGUCCCAACACAGUAAAACCAAGAAUAAUUAGGACUAACAAUUUAGAUCUGCACUCCUAUAACACUGCUGAACUUACAGUUGAGUUGUUUUUAAGAAGUAUCAAAAUUGAUGCUGUAGAAACACAGAAAGGGCACUCGGUUUUGACGAGAAAUAAAGUUAAAACCUGGUUGUCUACAUUACCCACAAUACAGCUCGACUGCACACAGUUCUGUUGGGAGAUUUUGGAAUGCAUUAGGCCACUAGCGGCUCAUGUAGCCUCAAGCAGAGAUGAGUGGUGACAGAGAUGUGGUAAUCUCACCUCCAACUCCACACACCCAGAUUAUAUGGCCCUGCCCGGAGUGCAGUUUGUUUUUCAUAUAUGCAGUAGUGCUCCCUAAGACCUGUAAAGAGACUUUGAUGUGUAAAAUCAGCUCUCCUUUAAAGGUUUCUCCCAGUCAUUAAUUUUCUCCACGCCCUACAAUUUGUGAUGUAGCAGAGAGAAGUCAAAGUA